GCCUUUGAAAUCCUUCACUAACUACCUCUCACAAAAUGAAAUGUGUGCUUGGUAUACUUUUGAUGGUUAGUUGGCUGGAACUAUCAUCAACCCAGAAAACUGAAAUCCCUGAGUAUGGAGAUCUGGUAUUUCUGGUGGACAGUUCAGACAAUAUGGAAGAAAAAGGCUUCAACCAAGUGAAAGGUUUCUUAUCAAGAACAAUUAUGUCCUUGCAAAUAGAUGUUGAUAAAUAUCGCAUUGGUUUAGGACAAAUCAGUGAUGAUCUAAAAGUAAAUUUCUUGUUACCUGCCUAUAAAGCAAAAGGCCCAAUACUGAAUUAUAUAAAAAAUAGGUUUACAUACCAGGGUGGGUCUUUAAUGAUUGGGAAUGCCCUCACAAAGGCCCAGGAAACUUUUUUUGAUGAAAAAACUGAAAGAGACAAAACAAAGUAUCCCCAGGUUCUUAUUGUGAUCACCUCUGGGCCUUCUCUUGAUGAUGUACAGUCAUCUGCUGCUGCACUUAAACAGAAUAGUGUCAGGAUUAUAACAACAGGAAUAAAGACUGCUCCAAUAGAUCAGCUUCAAGCCAUGGCAUCAUCACACAGUUUUGCCUUCAAGAAAGACAGCAUGCGAGAUCUAAGUUCAUUUUCAAUGGAAAUGGCUGGAAUAAUUAAAGAUGUUAUCCAAAAUCAGUAUUAUGUGCCAACUACACAAGAAACUAUAAUAACCACAACAGUUCCAAGAACCACUGAUGUCGUUAAUGUUCGUAGGUCAACAGACUCCAUAAAAGCUACUGUAACAGUUCCGUCAACCAACGAUGCUGUUAAUAUUAACAAAACAGCAGUUUGUGAAGGAGCUCUGGCAGCAGAUGUGGUAUUGAUGGUGGACACAUCCGAACAUUCCACCUCAGAUAACACAGACUUAAACAAAUUCUUAAUGGAAGUUGUAGCUGGUCUAGAAAUCACUCAUUACUGUGUCCAUGUUGGGCUAGUGGUCUACAACAGCAAAGCAAGAUUAAUAGCUUCCCUGGAAACUGGAGUCAACAAAUCUCUUGUGGAGAAACUUGUAGGAGAGAUUAAAGCAUCAAAAGGAAAAAUUUCCAAUAUUGGCGGUGCCCUGAAUUUCACACGAAGUGAGGUGUUUGGUGAUGUUCUGGCAAAUAGAAAGAGCCAAGGAAUACAGCAAAUAGCAAUACUGGUCACUCACAGGUCUUCUGCUGACAGUGUUGCAGAGGCUGCCCAUCUACUGCGAAGACAGAAAGUCAGAGUCAUGACAGUGGGGAUUGCACAAGCUAACCAGACACAAAUGGACACAAUUGCAUCAUACCCAGUUCAACUUUAUCAGGUCAAGGUUAAGACAUUUUCUGAUCUUUCUAAACAAGCAGACAUUUUACGUAAGAAACUUCAGAAUGCAAUUGAGCAGAUCAGUCUUGGUAUUCCACAAGAAACAGAGCUGAUUAGAACAGGUUGUCUGAACACAGAAGUAGCUGACAUCUACUUGCUCAUUGAUGGUUCGGGAAGUAUUAGUUCCACAGAUUUCAAGAACAUAAAAACAUUUUUGGUGGAGCUGGCAAACAUGUUUGAAAUAGGUCCACAGAAUGUUCGAGUUGCGGCUGUACAGUAUGCAGGAAAUGCUAAAUCGGAGUUUAAUAUCAGUAACGGAUACAACAAAAACAACCUACAACAGGCCAUACAGAAUAUCAGGCAGAUGAAUGAUUCGACUUCUACAGGAGCAGCCCUAAAUUUCACCCGUAAAAUAAUAAUAGACCCCAACAAUGUCAGACCAGGGAAUGUGCCUGUUUAUUUGAUUGUUCUUACAGAUGGAAAAUCAGAUGACAGUGUGAAGGAAGCUGCCAAGAUCCUCAGAAGAGACCAAGUAAACAUCUACGCAAUUGGAGUUAAAGAUGCUAACAUGACAGAGUUGGAGGAAAUGACUGGUGAUCGUGAAAGGGUUCAUUUUGUGACAGAAUUUGAUUCUUUGAACGACAUAAAAAAUGUGAUUGCCCGACAAAUCUGCUCUACUGAAGCAUGCCAACAGGCAAAAGUGGAUGUUAUGUUCCUGGUGGACAGUUCUGGAAGUAUAAGACAAGAGUACUUUGAAGACAUGAAGACAUUUAUGAAACACCUGGUGAACAAAACAGAUGUUGGAGAGAAUAAGCUCCAGUUUGGUGUUGUGCAGUUCAGUGACCGAAACAUGGAGGUGUUACAGCUAAAUGGAAAUCAAAUUGCUAUCUGGGAUGCUAUAGACAACAUGAGUCACAUGGCAGAGACCACGUACACUGGUAGUGCCUUAACGUUUGUAUAUGAUUACUUCUCACCAAACAAAGGUGCUAGACCAACGGCGAAAAAAGUCCUUAUAGUAAUAACAGAUGGAAAAGCGCAUGAUGAUGUAAAACAACCAGCUGAAAAUCUGAGGGACAAUGGUGUGGUCAUUAUUUCUGUGGGGAUUUUUAAUGCAAAUAAAUCACAACUAAGCGAAAUAAGUGGGAAGAAUGGAAAGGUGCAUUAUCUGGAGACUUUUGACAAUUUAAAGACUAUAGAAGAUGACUUGGUUUUUGCAGUCUGCAAUCUUCAAGAAGAAUGCUCAAGAUUAGAAUUGGCGGAUAUUGUUUUUGUGAUUGACUCAUCUGGCAGUAUAAACACUGAUCAGUAUAAAAUAAUGAAAGAUUUUAUGAUAUCGUUGGUGAAUAAAUCAAAUGUUGGACCAAAUAAAGUUCAGUUUGGAGCUCUAAAAUACUCAGAUGACCCUACAGGGCUGUUCGACCUCAACCAGUAUAGCAGUAAAAUGGAGAUUGUUAAAGCAAUUGAAAAUGAUGUAUCAAUAGGAGGAAACACAUAUACUGCAGAGGCCCUGGCAUUUUCAAAGAGAUUUUUUGAAGAAAGACAUGGCAGUCGUAAGCAUUCGGGAGUCCCUCAGAUUGUGAUCAUUAUAACUGAUGGUGAAUCUCAUGAUCGUGAUAGACUCAAUGAGACCUCAAAAUCACUACAAGAGAAUGGUAUUACCUUAUACGCAAUUGGUGUUGCUGAGGCAAAGACUGAAGAACUGCAGAUAAUGGCAGGAUCCAAGGGCAAAUGGUACUUUGUGAAGGAGUUUGGUGGAUUAAAUGACAUUUUGACAAAUAUAUCACAGGCUGCAUGCAACAGAACAGAAUGUACAGCAGAAGAGAUGGACUUAAUUUUUCUGAUUGAUGGUUCCAAUAGCAUUAGCCCGACAAACUUUGAAGAAAUAAAAAAUUUCAUGGUAUCUGUCAUUGAUGAUUUUGAUAUUGGCCCUAACAAAGUUCACGUGGGCGUUGCUCAGUAUAGUGAUAUUUACAAACCAGAGUUCCAGUUAAAGACAUAUCUGGAUAAGGGGAGUAUAAAAUCCGAGAUUGGAAAAAUCACACAGGUAUCUGGAUCCACAUUAAUUGGCAAGGCACUUACUCUAACUGACUCUGACUUCUUCAACCCAUCAGCUAAUAGUCGUAUUAAUGAGGGUGUCCAUCAGAUGUUGCUGGUGAUAACAGAUGGAGACUCAUAUGAUGAAGUUGCAAAGCCAGCAGAGGCUCUCAGAAACAAAGGCAUUAAUGUAUAUGCUGUGGGAGUGGGAAACGUGUCUGAGACUCAACUUCUUCAGAUUGCGGGGUCAGCAAAGUCAAGAUUUUCUGUUGACAAAUUUAGCGAAUUAAAAACCAUCAAAUCGAGAAUUGUCAGGGAAGCCUGUACACCAGAAAUUGCUAACAAUUGUUCAAUUGAUGUCGUAGUGGCUUUUGACAUUUCAACCAACACCAAUGGUGGCAAAUUAUUCCAUGGUCAACAUCAUCUUGAAGUCCAAAUCGCAGACAUCUUAAACAGUAUUCUGAAUGUCAGAAGUGCAAGCUGCAACCAUGGUUUAAAGCCACAAAUAAGCAUAGCCUUCCACAUGCCAAAUGCAAAGACACAUAUUGCUUCUCAUUUCCAAGUCUACAGCCCGAAUAUAGCUCAGCACCUCGUAGAAAGUUAUGUCUCAGGUCCUUCUUAUCUCACAUCAUCCGUUCUUCAUUCUCUGUGGGAUAAAUUUCACAAUAAAAAUACAGAAAAAGCAAAAAUGCUGCUUAUCUUUACUGAUGGCCUAGAUGAAAAUGUGGAAAACCUUAAGCAGAAAGCAGGAGAUCUUCGAAGUCAAGGGUUAGAUGCUUUAGUUACUGUUGCAUUGGAAGGAACAAAACACUAUGCUGACAUCAAAUAUAUAGAAUUUGGCAGAGGCAUGGAAUACAAUGAUCAGAUGAAUAUUGGGAUGCCAGAUAUUGGAGUUAGACUGGCUAAACAAAUGUCCCGUGUUGCUGAGAAGAAAUGUUGCUGUGUGUUCUGUACAUGCCUUGGAAUAAGCGGAAUACCUGGAACAUAUGGAACACAAGGAAACAAGGGAUUGACGGGAAGAAAAGGAAGGAAAGGACAUGACGGAGAACGGGGUGAGGAGGGUGACGGUGGAAUGCGUGGUGCGAAAGGUGAGGCUGGUCACAAAGGAUGUCAAGGAAUCAAAGGCUUUAAGGGGAACAGAGGAGUUACUGGAGAUAUGAAUGAAAACGGGGAGCCUGGUCUUGAUGGAUUUCUGGGAGAGCAGGGAAAUUCUGGAUUACCGGGAAGAACAGGAGAGAAGGGAGAAGGAGGAGAAGCAGGCAGUCCUGGAUUAAGGGGACCUCCUGGAGAUCGAGGAAAUAAAGGUCACAAAGGCAACACAGGAGAGCCUGGAACUCAUAGUACUGUUGCUGGGCCCAAAGGUUUCAAAGGAGAUCCUGGGACUGAGGGCAACCCUGGAGAAGAAGGAACUCCAGGAGAACCUGGUGAAAUAGGAAUUGGAAGACUUCCUGGCAGAAGAGGCUCACCCGGACCAGUGGGUCUGAAAGGUGAUCCUGGUGAGCCCGGCCCUCAGGGAGAUCAUGGCUUGAACGGGCCUCAGGGAGAUGAAGGAAUCAUAGGUAUUAAAGGAGAAAAGGGAAGAAAUGGACCAAAUGGCAUUCCGGGUUCUUUUGGUGUUAUUGGCAGCAAAGGGAAUCCUGGAAACCCUGGAGCUAAAGGCAAAAAGGGAGAACUUGGAGAUCCUGAAGAGAAAGGAAAUCCAGGGCGACUGGGACCAAGAGGACUUGUGGGGGACGAUGGAAAGCAUGGCUUUGGGGCACCUGGCAAAAAAGGAACUAAGGGGCAACUAGGAUUCCCAGGACACAGCGGCAAUAAGGGAGUGCACGGAGAUCCUGGUGUAGUAGGAGAUCGUGGACCAAAUGGUUUUCCUGGAGGAAGUAAAUCCGGAGAUAACGGUGGUAUUGGAGAACGAGGACUACCAGGACCUCCUGGUCGGAGGGGAAGAAAAGGAGUUAAUGGUCAAGCUACACAGUCCCCAUGUGAACUUAUUGACGUGAUCCGAAAGACAUGUCUUUCAGAAAAACCUGCCUGUCCUGUGUAUCCAACAGACCUAGUGUUUGCGCUAGAUACGGCUAGUGACGUGACACAAGGAGCCUACUCAAAGAUGAAAGACAUUGUCACGUUUAUUUUACAAAGCAUUACAAUAAGGCAAAGCAACUGCCCUGUUGGGGCAAGAGUUGCUGUAGUCUCCUACAAUGCAAAUACCAAGUACCUGCUGCGGUUUUCUGAAUUUCACAGUAAGGACAAACUGCUGAAGGCCGUAAAGAGCAUACCGCUAGUGAGGUCCAGUACAAGUCGUGAUAUUGGGAGCUGCAUGAAGUUUGUAGCCAGGAAUAUCUUCAAGAGAUCUCUCCAAGGAGCCACUGUAAAAAGAAUUGCAGUAUUUUUCAGCAAUGGUCUAUCCAAUGAUACUGUUUCUAUCAACACAGCAGUAAUGGAAUACAGCGCUCUUGGGAUUAUACCAGCAGUUAUUGCAUUCACUCCUGCACCUGCAAUCAAACGGGCCUUUUCAACGGACGAGACGGGGACAUUUCAGUUGAUAGACAUUCCUGCAAAUGCGGAUUUUAAAGCAUUUGUAAAUACACUGAAGACCUGCACUCUGUGUUAUGAUAGAUGUAAACCAGACACACUGUGCGUGCAACGCGGCCCUUCCAUACAGAAGUCACCUGUGGAUAUAGGUUUCCUUCUGGACAGCUCAUACAAUGUAAAACAUGAUGAAUUUGAGGCAGCAAAAGGCUUCAUUAGUGCACUGAUUGACCGGCUUGAUAUUUCAAGCACAGGUGACCGAGUCGCUCUAGUAAGUAACACGGCCCCUGGCUUUAGUGAGGUGAGCAAAGUAAACCCUCAGCUUGAAUUUGAUCUAUCAACGUAUAGCAAUAACAAGGCGAUGAAGAAGCACCUCCAGGAAAGUACCCAUCAUCUGCAAGGUCCCCCUGCCCUUGGCUACACAUUGAAAUGGACACUUGAUAACAUUAUGUCCAAGGCAACAAACCUGAGAAAACACAAGGCUCUCAUCAUAAUAUCAUAUGGAGAGACAAGUUACUGGGAUAAAUCUGCUCUCAUUGAAGCAUCAUUGAACGCCAGGUGCCAAGGCUAUGCUUUGUUUGUGCUUUCCAUAGGUGAGACAUAUAAUAAUAUUGAACUGAUGGACCUUUCAAGCACUCCCAUUGACCAUCACCUACUUCAGCUUGGUAGAAUUCACAAACCAGAUUUUGAAUAUGCUCUUGGAUUUCUGCAGUCUUUUUUAAAUUCUAUAAGAAGAUCUAUAAACAAGUAUCCACCCCCAGAACUCAAAUCAAAAUGUUCUAAGCUGGAAAGUGGCAGAAGGAACAUAGAAACGUAACAGUUGAAGUAGAUGAUUGGCUUGCAGUCCUGAGACCACAAAAUCCUGAGACCUCACCUAUCUUUUCUUGCUGAUUAUUAAACGACUCAACAUAAUCUAGGAUUAUUCAUCCAAUUUCUAAUUGUCAACUGAUUUGAAACUAAUCCUGGCACGCAGGCUGAUGCCAAAGUGAUUAGUGCUAUAGGACAUUGAAAAUUAAAGUUUACCAAAUUUAAUGGAUUCAACAUGUUCUAUGAUGUAAAAAAUGUAAUAAAGAGUAGAGCUGC